AUGACGGAAAGUUCAGUUUUUGAGUCAAAAAAUAUUUUCCAUUCAUCAGUGCCAUUACAUUAUUUAUCUAAAUUCGUUGGUCUCGGAUUUUAUAAAUUCAAUGUCAAUGGCAGUGCUUUUGAGGUUCAUGUAAUCCACAAGAUAUGCUUCAUUGGUUCAAUGUUAAUAUUUUGUUUGAUAUUUUUGUACGAUAGUUUUUCAUCAUUCAAAACGUACUUUGGAUAUGAAUUGGAAGACACAGAGUCCAGCUAUCUUUCAAGUGUUAAAUAUAUUGAAAUGAUCUUCGAGAUGAUUUUUGCAUUCAUCAUCAUAAUUUUCCAUCAGAAUCGUAUUCAGCAUAUCCAAAAAGUUCUGAUUAAUUUGAACAAUUUUGAUGAAACACUUAAGGAAUUAAAGUGGAGAUUCUUGGUUAAAAAUUCAUGGAAAUACUUCUUAGCGGUGAUUGCUUUUGUUGUCUAUAUUGUAUUGGCAAUUUGCUUUCAAAAUUUGAAAACUAUUAUGACUCUUUACGAUUGGUUUGAUUUGAUCGUCUAUCAACUUAAUCUUCUAUUGUACACAACAGUUAUUACUCAAUUCACUGUAAGUGUUCUUGCGGUGAAAGCUAGAUUGGGUGUUUUACGGAGGAAUGUUAAAUUCGUGUCACACAUAGCUGAAUGUGCGAACAAUAUUGAUUCCGAUGACUUACCGCUAGCAACACAGAUGCAGCUUCUUAUGGAACUUCUAAAAUUAAGACCAAUUAAGAUUACGUGUGGAUUUUUCGAAAUUAAUCUGCCACUGCUACUUUCUAACAUUGUUGUUGUCGGAAAUUAUUUAGUGAUCAUCUGUCAAUUUGAGAUUACACAACAAGCCAACAACUCAUGCGCCGAUACAGCAUCAUCGAAGACAGUGUAA